UAUUUUUAACACUGGCACUCAAAAUACCGUUCCGUUCGUUACUCUGUAUUUUUCUCUUGGCAACAUUAUACGUUUACUCGCGAAUAAUGUUUUUUCUUUCAUAAAUUUCGUUUCAUUCAUUCGUUUUUGUGUUGUGAAGACGUGUGUUAGCUUUGUAUAUAUAGAAUAUUGCAAAAUAGUUUAUCGUUAGUGUUAAGCACACAGUUUGUUUGUGAUUAUGUGACAAUAAACGAAAGUUCGGCUAUUCAUCAUGUUGUGAAGUCACUCACUGUGUACGUCUCAACAUCGUAGUAAUUCGUGGUAUUUACGAAUGUAUUUUAAUUAGUGUAUGGUCAGUGAGCGCUUCAGUGUUCUUUUAUUUAUUUGUCGUGAGUCGAGAGCAAACUGACACUCGUCGAAAUAUGCCAUGUACGCUCCGGAUCAUCUCCGACGGAAGGAAGCCAGAGAUGUUAUGUAUCGCAGUAACUCGAGUCUCGACUUGAUAUACGGCGAACAUCCGUCCGGAAACGGGUUGCGGCGCGAGUAUGGGAGUCACGGUUCGAUCGACGUGAUCGGGGGCGCGAGCGACAGGCUCCCCGCAAUGGUGCACAACUACAACGUGACAGAGAAGGCUCAGGGCUUGAGCGGUGACACAUCCGACGGCCCCACGCCCCGGGCCAGCGCCAGCCCGAAGCCUCGCCUCAAAUUCAACAAGCUUUGGGGUGGCGCGGCUCCCACACACCGACAACCCAUGGACGAUGGAUCACUCGACCGACCUGAAGGAAUAAAAAAACAGCAGUUUGCUCACUAUGAUUGUCAAUCCUUGAUGGCUAACUUGAGUUAUGCAGCUGAGAUUAGAGGAGCACUGCUGAGCCGCAGGAGGAACACAACAACAGGGGCCUCGGCUGCUUCUCUUGCAACCCGGGGCCCUCCGCUGGGAGAAGACACAGUACCUGACAUGGGGGACGGAAGAUCAAAUGAGUUGCUGGAAGCCUGUCCCUUCUUUAGGAAUGAAUUGGGAGGCGAAGAAGAGCGCUGCGUAUCCCUAUGCCGGAGGACAUCACGCGGCGCGAUCCCUGGACAAGCUGGCAGCUGGCACCGGCCUCGUGCGGCCUACGGCCUCUCCGUCCUCGAGUUUCCGCCUGGCCACACUCAUUGGCGGCAUGGGUGCCCGUUUGCGAACACCCUGACGCCCCUGCCCGUCGAGAGCCAGGAUUUAGGAGCGCUGUACUAUAGGAACUACUUCUAUGGGCAGUCUCACCAAAACUGGUUCGGCAUGGACGAAACCUUGGGUCCCGUCGCGAUAUCCAUCAAGAAAGAGCGAGUGGAAUUAAGAAGGGGAGGUUCUGACGCGUCCGCGCCAGCGUCACAACUAGCGUGGCAGUAUCGGCUCGUCGUCCGCACUUCCGAACUGUUGACGCUACGUGGGUCCGUGUUAGAAGACGCGUUACCUAUCAAACCCAGCAACAAUACAGCUACUUACAAUACUAAGGAGGUGCUGGAGUAUGUCGCUCCGGAGUUGCAACUGAAUUGUCUCAGACUGGGCACCAACGGCAGCGGCGCCGAAGAACAACUCCUAAGACUCGACGAACAAUGCGUCACGCGCCACUAUAAAGUAGGAGUUAUGUACUGCAAGAGCGGCCAGUCCACCGAAGAAGAAAUGUACAACAACCAAGAAGCUGGCCCGGCCUUCGUAGAGUUCCUCCAGACGCUUGGACACACGGUCCGACUAAAAGACUUCGACAAAUACAAAGCGGGUCUCGACAAUCGCACAGACUCGACCGGCCUUUACUCCGUCUACACAACCUAUCAGAACUGCGAGAUAAUGUUCCACGUGUCAACUAUGCUGCCCUACACGCCCAACAACAGGCAGCAGUUACUCAGAAAGCGGCAUAUAGGCAACGAUAUAGUCACUAUAGUGUUCCAAGAGCCGGGAGCGGCGCCGUUCACGCCGAGGAACAUUCGCUCGCAGUUCCAACACGUGUUCGUGGUUGUGCGAGCGAUAGACCCGUGUACGGAGAACACGCAUUAUAGCAUAGCUGUGAGUCGGGCGAAGGAAGUGCCUUUAUUUGGACCACCGAUCAAGGAUGGUGCUGUAUAUCCGAAGGGGGAGGCGUUUACCGAUCUUCUUUUGAGUAAGGUGAUAAAUGGCGAAAACGCAGCGAUACAAUCACCAAAGUUUAGCACGAUGGCCACACGCACGCGGCAGGAGUACCUCAAGGAUCUGGCCAAGAACCACGUCUCCGCCACCACGCUCGAGACCGGACAGAAGUUCUCAAUCUUCUCGUCGCUGCUCAUGAAAAGUGGCAGCAACAACAACACGGCGGUGCUGCCGCGCCUCUACAGCUGUCCCAACGACGUACUCGUCGGCGGUGCCAUGUGCUUUCACGUUCAAGUUCAAGAUGAAGGCGCGGGCGGGGCGGUGUUGGACUGCAUGCUCGGCGUCUCACCCGACACCAUAGUGUUGGUGGAGGACAGCACGAGGCAGGUCAUACUCGUCAUACCGACUAACACGUUGUUAGGUUGGGUGGUGAGCGGCGGUUGGACGCGCAUAUUCUACCACCGCGGCGAGUCAGUACGUUUACGCGACUGUCCCGCUCUACUGCGGCGCCUGGCCGGCGUGGCGCCGCCGCACGCCGAGCUGCUGCCCGAGCGGACGCUCGCGAGGGGAGCCGCCGCGCAGCUGGGGUUCCACGUGCAACCCGACGGGCUCAUAAUAGCGGUGGAGAGCGGCAGCACGGCGGACAAGGCGGGCGUGAAGCGCGGCGCGAGGCUGCUGGAGGUGUGCCGCGCCGCCGUCGUGGCGCUGCACCACGACCAGCUCGUCGACCUGCUCAAGACCUCCGAUCCCGUCACGGUGACAACAACAAACGCGUCCAGCUACAAGUGUCUCUGCGAGACGGCCGGGGAGGAGCCGACCGCGCCCGCGCGCGGCGACGCGCAGCGCCCGGGCCGCGGCCGCCGCGCCUACGAGCGCGGACACUCGCCGCCACGGUCGGACAGCUCCGGAUACGGCACCGGUGGAUCGGGUCGCAGCGCGCGUCGCUCGCCGCAGUCGUCGCCGACGACGGAGAGCGUGCGGCGGCGCUCGCACGACGCCUCGCCGCGGCACGCCCGGCACAAGCGCGCCUCCGCGCACGGCAGCCUCACGGACGAGUUAAUGCGACUAAUGGACGCGGAGCUGGGCGGCGACGGCGACAGCGCUCCGUCCGCGCCGGUCUCUACGCCGCCCGCACCCGCCGCACCGACCGCGCCCGGCCCGCUGCCGCUGCCCGACGCGGCCGCGCUAGACUGGGCCACGCUGGUGCACACCGCCACCCGCGCCAUGCUGCAGAUUUGCGAAGAACAUCAAUAUCCGUCCAUAGACAACCCUGACCCUACGCUAGAACCUCUUCCAAGUGAACCGACCCAUGACUCCUGGUCUGAACUACCGACACCGGACGCUGCGCCGCCACCGUCGGCGUCGCCCCUGGCGCCGUGUGCGUGCGGGCUGGCGGCGCGCGUGGCCGCGCUGGAGGCCGAGCGCACCGCCGCCGUGAGGCACCAGCACCAGCUCGAGGAGGAGGUCCGUCGCUUACGUCGUCACAACGCGCGCCUCCGAGAAGAGAGCGCCCGCGCCGUUUGGCAGUUGCGACACUUCACGCAGUGGCUCAAACGGACCGUCGACCGGCAGUGAUCCGGCGUCUCGCUCGCUCCCACACCGGUGAUCUGCUGUCACGCUCCAACACGAGUGUACAAGUAACAUGACUCGAGACUUAGGCAGCUGUGACACUUCCUGCAGUGGCUCAAACGGACGGUCGAUCCCCAGAGUUCUGGCGUCUCGUUCGCUUAUUCGCCAGUGGUCACCUGUCCCACUCCAACACGACGUCAAGUCACACAAAUCGAGAACGCUGAGACAGCUGCGGCAGAAGCGGACCGUUGAAAUGAUGUCCUGUUUACUCAAACAGCAGUCAUCUCGCUCCCACACCGGUAACCGCCCUUCCUGCUUUGGCAACAGCGACAUACGUAAACUAGGUACAAUUAACAUAUAGCAAACUCUACUCCUAGUACUUGGAUGCCAGUAGUACCCUCACCAUGAGUUUUAAGCGGCCUUUAACACUAGCAAGAGCGUCAAAUCAAACGCAGUGCAUCUCGCUUGUACCAAUGUCAGUACGAGGGAGAUAUAUUGUAAGUUUAAGCAGUCGCUAGCGAAUAUGUCGGUGACAAACUCAUGGUAAGGAUACAGUAGUACUCUUGCGUAAAACGUCGCAAUCUUUUAAAUUGUAACGAUGGGUACAUAUUUAUCGCUGACACAGUUAAUUGACCAUUCAUAGACUUUACUUCGUUGCAAUAAAGAUUACGAAUGGACUUUUAAUUAUUGUGUUAGUGCUAUAAAUACAAAUGCGACCUGUU